AUGGCUGCCGAUGGCCCCAAGCCCGGCUUCCUAGGCAACCUCAACGAGGGCCAGGAAGCGAAGCUGCAAAAACUCUGGUCGGUCCUGCUCAAGGCAGCCGAGCUGCCUACCGACGAUGUGCCCAAGACAUCCACCGAAGAAACCGACACGCCUGCCAGCCCAGCCCAGCCCCAGCGCCGACAGUCCCUGCUCAGUCGCACCCAAAGCAAUGUCUCCGACAAGACCAAUACCAGCGUCAACUCGCCCUAUCAGCAGAAGAUGCUGGCCUACCUGCGCGAACUCGGCAUUGGGCCCCAGGAGACCAAAAUGGUCCAGAAGGCCCUGUCCGAGAUCACCCCCGGAGAGCUGCGCCAGGGCGUCCUGGAAUUGUUGAAGCACGACCACCCGGAUGCCAUGCUCCUUCGAUUUCUCCGCGCGCGCAAGUGGGACAUCCCCAGGGCCUUUGCUAUGAUGAUGGAGGCCAUUGUCUGGCGCGUCAAGGAAAUGCACGUUGAAGAUGAUGUGAUGGCCAAGGGCGAGCUCCACGCGCUCAAGCAAUCCAAGAAUACCGCCAAUGCCGCUGAGAAGAAGGCCGGUCAUGACCUGCUGGCCCAGAUGCGCAUGGGCAAGAGUUACGUGCACGGCACCGACAAAGUCGGUCGGCCGCUGGUCGUCGUGCGCGUGCGUCUGCACAAGCCAGGGGCACAGAGCGAAGAGACCCUCGAGCGGUAUAUCGUCCACGUUAUCGAGUCUGUGCGACUCACGCUUGCACCACCUGUGGAGACCGCGGCCGUCGUUUUUGAUAUGACCAACUUUGGCCUUUCUAACAUGGAAUACCCUCCGGUGAAGUUCAUUCUCAAGUGUUUCGAGGCAAACUACCCGGAAUCACUUGGUAUCAUGCUCAUCCAUAAGGCUCCAUGGGUCUUUUCCGGAAUUUGGAAGUUGAUUCGCGGUUGGAUGGAUCCCGAUAUUGCGGCCAAGGUCCACUUCACCAAUUCCGUGAACGACCUGGAGAAGUUUAUCUCACGGGAUCAAAUUGUCAAAGAGCUGGGUGGCGCUGAGGACUGGGAAUAUGAGUACAUCGAGCCCGAGGAGAACGAAAAUGCCACCAUGGAAGAUACCACCACCCGCGACGCCCUCAUUCGGGAGCGACAGCAGAUCGGCGAGGAAUUUUUGGGAGCGACUUCCGACUGGAUCGAGGCUGCCAAGUCCAAGGACAAUACCAAAGUGCAGUCGGCCGCCAGCCAACGCGCCUACCUGGCCGAGCGCCUCCGCGUCAACUACUGGAAACUGGAUCCGUACGUCCGGGCCCGCCUGUGCCUUGACCGGAUGCGCGUCAUCCAAAAGGAUGGCAAGGUGGACUUCUACCCCAAGGAAGGUGAGAUUGAGGAGACCAAGGAGCCCCUGAAAACCGCGGAAACUCAGCACCUGGAAAGUGUAAAUGGUAAUGCCAUCCAAACCCCUGUUUCAUAG